AUGUUUUCCAGCGACAAAGCAUCACGCCAAUCUAGUGGCGGCAAAUCUUUCUUCUCGCGCAGUAGUAGGAAAGACAGGAGCAGUGAAGCACCACCUAUACCCGAGACCACAUACCCCACUGGCUCGGCCAGCUCUCGUCAUUCGCAUCGCAGUUCUGCCUCUACCGUCGAGCAAGACGAUUAUGGUAGGCACGGGCAGACCGGCCUCAACAUGCAAGCUGGUGUAAUCACUUCGAUUCCGUACGAUUCAAUCAAGGACAGCAAACCUCCUCUCCAGUUUGAGGCUUCCGAUCGUCCAACUUCACGCCGCGACCCGUUGCCUCACCAUCUAAAUAAAGGAGGUGGAGACUUUCAUCAAUACCCAGUCCUUGAACCAUCACAGUCAAAUGGCUAUCAGCCGCGGCCUCCGCCUCAUCACACUGCUCAGCGUGUUCCCGGAGCACGGUCGUUUGAUUCAGAAGGCACAACAUUGAAUGGGGGUUCUGCGCAGUCACGAAACUCGAGCGACCAUGGGAGCAUACGAUCAUCGUCGUCACACGACCGACGUCAUCUCUACCAGUCUAAUGUCAGUCAAGCUUCGAUUCCAGGCCAUCAUCAGGAGAUGACUUCGCCGCGGGAAAAGGAAAGGCACCACUUCCUCAACGCGCACGCGCCAUCCGGAUUCUCCAGCACGGCGUCAUUCUCGCCCGAUGGGUUCGUGCUUCAAAGGCCGAGCGAUGAUCGAAUCAUUGAAAAGGAAUUUUUCGACCUCAUGUUGAAACGGGGUUGGAAAAGCUUGCCUGAGCAGGCGAGAAGGCAGAUGGAAGCAUAUCCUAUCAGUAAAAAGUGGACAUUGGUAUACCAGGACAAAUUGGCAGAAUGGCAAGGAGAGCACAAGCGGCGCCAGAUUGCACGCAGCACAGUUAUGAGCAAUGAUGGGUUCAACAUACCCGUCCGCGUCGAGGAAGAGGAAAGUCCUGAAUGGUACGUUAAGAAGGUACUGGACAACACCAUCAGCCCGAAACAACUGCAGAGUUUGUCAGUGAGUCUGCGAACUCAACCAAUCGCAUGGGUCAAGAGCUUUGUCGAAGCUCAGGGUCAAAUAGCCUUGACCAAUUGCCUUGCUCGCAUCAAUAAACGUCAAGUGUCCGGAGCUGGCCCAGCUGGCGGAGGUGCUACUGAUCGUGAUCUCGAUCGAGAAUACGACAUAGUAAAAUGCCUCAAGGCACUCUGGAACAACAAAUAUGGCGCAGACGAUGCACUACAGCACGAUACUAUUGUAGUGACCUUGGCUGCCUCCCUCACCUCCCCACGCCUCAACACCCGCAAGGCGGUUUCCGAGUUACUGGCCUUUUUGUGCUACUGGUCCGAACCUCAAGGUCACCUCAAAGUCUUGCAGGCUUUUGACCAUCUCAAAGCACAGCAAGGUGAGAAUGGCCGAUUCGACGCAUGGAUGCGUAUUGUGGAAGUCACCAUCGAUGGGAGGGGAAAGAUGGGCUCCUUGGUGGGCGCAUCGGAUGAGGUGCGAAGCGGAGGAACUGGCAUGGAAAAUCUGCUAAUGGAAUAUGCUGUCACUUCGCUCAUCUUGAUCAAUUCAAUCGUGGAUGCAGCAGAGCGGGAUUUGCAACUGCGAUGCCACAUCCGCGCUCAAUUCGUUGCUUGCGGUUUGAAGCGCAUUUUCAACAAGAUGAGGGACUUCCAAUACGACGUCAUUGAUAAACAGAUCGAAAGUUACGAGUCGAAUGAGGCCAUCGACUACGAGGAUCUGCUCGAGCACGAGAAUUCGUCCCUUAAUGAAGACAAUGCAGAAGGAGAGGUAAAAGAUCUCAACAACCCGGUACACGUUGUCGAGGCAAUCCAACAGCGAAUCGCUGGCAGCAAGGAGGGCGAUUAUUUCCUGUCAGCUCUGCAGCAUCUGCUCCUCAUUCGGGACAAUCAAGGAGAAGAUCGCUUGAAAAUGUUCCAGUUGGUGGAAAGCAUGCUAUCCUAUGUCGCCAUGGACCGGAGGCUGCCAAAUAUGGAUUUGAAGCAAUCUUUGAACCUCACUGUGCAGUCUCUCCUGGACAAACUCUACACUGAUUCCGAAGCGCGACAAGCCAGAGAUGAGUUGCAUGAAGCACGUCUCAUCGCGGACGCAGCAAUUGCGGAGCGCGACGAAAUGAAGUACCGCAUCGAGCUUGGUGCCGAGGGCCUUGUUGCUAAAUUGCAAAAGCAGAUGGAUGAGCAGGCUGCAGUGAUUGAUCUUCAGAGCAGACAGACAGACGCGUACAAGGCUGAACUUGCCGAGUUACAAAGAGUUCGAGCACAAGAGCUGCAGAGAAACGAGCUUGAGACACGAGAAUUGUACUUGAUGCUGCGUGACGCACAGGACAUUGCGGCCUCCAACGCGCAAAAGAUGGGGAAGAAUGGGGAGGCGGAUCCGGCACAGCUCAAGGGGAUCCUCGAUCGGGAGCGUCUCAUGGAUCGUCUGGAAAUGCAACUCGAGCGUGCCAAAACGCAAGCCAAGCUCGAGGGUAAAAGCUGGCAACAAUACAAUCCUAGUGAUAAACUUCGUGAGCUUCGCGAGAAGAUGGAGGGAGCCGGCAUGGACUCAGACGGGUUGGAUGCCCAAUUACAAUACAUGGGAACCGCACGAAGGACCAAGAACAGUGCCUCCAAGAAGGCUGCGGCUGACGCAGCCGAGACUGAAGCUGACCCCAGCGAAGGGGAAGAAGUUGAGGAGGACCUGGAUCUCGAAGAUGCUGUGAUCGAGAAACCCCGUCUGAUUGAAGUUAAACGACCAAUGGUCACACCUUCCGUAGCAGCAGCGCAAGCAGGUAUGAUGUCUGAACUGACCAGCAAGACGCAACGACUCGACGCCAGCGAUGAUGAGGACGAUGGCAUCACGACCGGACCGAGUCAUCCGAGUCUCGAAAGUGAACCACCGAAGACACCAAGCGACACGGCACAAGAGGAGACGAAGACAGCUUUCGAUGGCCCUGCACCCCCACCAGCGCCUCCGAUGCCACGCUUCGAUGGAGCAUCACCACCUCCACCGCCUCCUAUGCCUGGCUUCAGCCAGACAGCACCACCUCCCCCUCCGCCACCACCAAUGCCGGGUUUUGCAAGUUUCGCCCCACCGCCGCCGCCUAUGCCUGGUUUCUCGGGCGCCGCACCACCUCCACCACCUCCACCACCAGGCAUGGCCCGUGGUGUAUUCCCCGGUGCGUCAUCAAUUCCGGGCAUUCCCUCAGCUCCUCCCCUUCCGGGAGCCCAACACGGUGGUUUCUUGCCACGUCCUCAGUUUCCUGGAGGAAGCAUGUCUGUGGGAGCAGUGGCGCCCAGGCCGAAAAAGAAGCUCAAGGCGUUGCAUUGGGAGAAAGUCGAGACGCCCGAAACGACGAUGUGGGCCUCCCACACACCCACGCAUGAACAGAAAGAAGAGAAGUACCAAGAGCUGUCCAAAAAGGGCAUCCUCGACGAGAUCGAGAAGCUGUUCAUGGCGAAAGAUAUCAGGAUUAUAGGCAAAGCCGUGAAGAACAAAAACGAGAAGAAACAGAUCAUCAGUCGCGACCUCAUGCACACGAUGCAAAUCAGCUUGGCCAAGUUCUCUUCCCUCGAUGCGGAUGAAAUAGUCCGGAAGAUAAUCCACUGUGAUCGCGACAUUCUGGAAAAUACUACCGUCAUGGAAUUUUUACAACAGGACCAUCUUGCUACAAUUCCCGACAAUGUCGCGAAGUCAAUGGCUCCAUAUGGCAGGAACUUCGGUAGUCCAGACGCACUCAAAUCUCGCGAGUCGGACCCUGCUGAGCUGACCAGAGAAGAUCAAAUCUACCUGUAUACCGCGUUUGAGUUACACCACUAUUGGAAGGCUCGAAUGCGAGCUCUCGCGUUGAGUCGCAAUUACGAAACUGAUUACGACGAGAUCACCGCCAAACUCAAACACGUUGUGGCUGUUUCUGAAGCGCUUCGAGAUUCUGUCAAGCUCAUGCCAGUGUUUGGUCUCAUUUUGGACAUCGGUAAUUACAUGAAUGACUCCAAUAAACAAGCUGUUGGUUUCAAGCUUUCAUCUUUGGCUCGAUUGGGCAUGGUCAAGGAUUCGAACAACGAAUCCACACUCAUGGAUUACGUUGAACGCGUGAUCCGCAACCAGUACCAGGAAUACGAAGGGUUUGCUGAUGAUAUUGGCGGUGUUCUGGCGGCCCAGAAGAUCAAUGUGGAACAACUACAAGGAGACGCCAAGAAAUACAUCGAUAAUAUUAACAACGUUCAGUCAUCCCUCGAUGCGGGUAAUUUGAGUGACCCGAAGCGAUUUCAUCCCGAAGACCGUGUGAGCCAGGUCGCACAGCGCUCCAUGAAGGAAGCUCGUCGGAAGGCCGAGCAAAUGCAGCUGUACCUCGAGGAGAUGAACCGCGUCUUCGAUGACAUUUUGACCUAUUUCGGCGACGACAACAAGGACGAAAAUGCAAGGCGGGAAUUCUUUAGCAAGCUCGCUAAUUUCUUGCAGGAGUACAAGAAAUCUCAUGAGAAGAACCUUGUCCUUGAGGAAACUUGGCGUCGCAACGAAGCAAACAUGCGUCGCAAGCAGCUGCACGCUCAGGGACUCACCGGAGCUGCUGGCGCACUAUCUGAUACCACAAGUCCUACUUCUACGGGAGCAAUGGAUGCUCUGCUUGAGAAACUGCGCGCUGCAGCACCUCAAACCAAAGACACGCGUGAUCGCCGGCGCCGAGCUAGACUCAAGGACCGACAUCAAGUUCGUGUCGCGUCUGGUCAGAAGAUCCCAGAGACAGGCGAAAAUGUCGAUGAAAAUGGCAUGCUGGCACCAUCAUCAACUACCGACGCACAUGACACCCCUGCGGAAGACGCCAUCUCGGAAGGGGAGGAUAUCGCUGAUCGUGCGGCAUCCCUGUUGCAGGGACUGCGCGGCGAAGGUGAAAAUGAGGGAGGCGCCAAGGACGACAGCAUACGUGUCCGCCGAAGACGAGAGAGUGCAGACGAGGAGCGUAAUCGUCGGCGAGCAAGACGACGAGCUGCGGGCACAAGUACCGAGAAUGCCGGACAAAGUACGAUCACAGAAGAGGCGGAAGGCGAAAUUGACGGCGACACGUCAGUUAUUGUCGAUGAAUCCGGAUUCAUCGGUAGUGAUGAUGGGGAUCGGGUCUUCUCCCCAAAACUGACUACCGUGGUUGUGCCGCCGUCUCCUACUGUAUUGCAUACGCGGAUGGAUACGCGAAUGGACAGCAACGCCCAAUAA